AUCAGAACGCCAAUUUCACUCAGCCUUUAUCAACGGAGCCUACCUAUUUGUACAUCUUGCUGUCGUUGCUGACAUGUAGCCGACACGAUAAUUUGUCUGGCAGAAGUAUUUACGUUCUGAGCGCAGUGGUUCCAAGAACCUUUUGAAAACUACUGACUCUACCUAUCAUGUAUCCCUGAUACCACUUGGACAUAGCAUUCUGGGCAUCAGCCUGAAGAGACGCGGUGGCGCUAGCAGACAGAUGCUGUGAUGUGCCUGUGUUGACAUUCAAGCUGUGCGGCUGAGGCGGGCUGGUUUAUGAGCGAGCCUGGAUGACCGUGAUGGAGGAGGCUGCCACUCGGCUGGAGAGGGAGCAUGUGCACAGCGUCUACGAGAAGAUUGCUCCCUAUUUUAACGACAGCCGCUACAAGGCCUGGCCCAAGGUGCGCCAGUUCCUACUUGAGCAUGAGCCUGGCAGUAUCAUCGCUGAUGUGGGCUGUGGCAAUGGCAAGUACCUGCACAUCAACGGCAGUGUGUUCAAGCUGGGCUGUGACGUGUGUCGCCCCCUGGUGGACUCCGCCUGGAGCCAGGGCCACGAGGUGCAGCUGUGUGACAGCCUCAGGCUGCCCUACAGGGACAGCUGCUUUGACGGCGUCCUCUCUAUCGCAGUCAUCCAUCAUUUGUCCACCAAAGAGCGUCGUAUUCGAGCAAUAAAGGAAAUGGCGAGGACACUGCGUGUGGGCGGGCGCAUCAUGAUUUACGUGUGGGCCAUGGAGCAGACACGCCGUAAGUUUCAGAAGCAGGACAUCUUCGUGCCCUGGAACCCCAACCCCCCGUCCCCCGCCAUGGGCAGGGAGUGGCCCACACCCCGGAGGAGGGGCGCAGCACAGAGCAUGAGCGAAUGCCUCUACAGUGACAACAAAGACAAGCACAGGAAGGUGAAAAGGACAUCGUCCAUGCUGGACGAAGAGGAAAUAGCCUGCAGUCCCCAGCAGAGCCAGAGGCUGUGGUUCUUCUCACGCUCCCUGGACUCAGUCUUUGACUUUGGCAGCCUGUCCAUCUCCAGGUCCACCUCCAGGGAACUCCUCAGCACCUUCUCCUCCCAGCUUGGGGAGGGGAGCAAGGUCGGCCGCAGACGCAGGGGAGCGGGCCUCAUCAAGCAGGUGACCAGCCUCUUUUCUGGCUUAUCCAGGAACAGCUCAGAGGAAGAUGUCUUUGACUCGGUCACCGACUUAGCCAAGAGCCAGAGAGAUCAUGGGGUGUGCAGCAACGACAACCACUCCAACUCCACAGAGAAGACCAGUGUCUCUACGGCCUUGGUCCAGGAGUGUGGCUCUGUGGCCCUGCCUGACCUGGUCUCCUCCUACCAGAGGCAACACACAGAGGGACCAGGGCAGCCAGGGGAGAAGGAAGCAGGCCCACCAGGAGACCUCAAACAGGGACAGGACAGCAGUCUGAGCCCCCAGGACAGUGAAGGGGAGCCGGCGGCCGCCUCGUGUCUGCGCUAUUACCACGUGUUCCGGGAGGGCGAGCUGGCGGAGCUGAUCGAGAGCCACGUCGAGGAGCUCCACGUCCUUUACUCCUGCUUCGACCAUGCCAACUGGUGCGUGGUGGCCGAGAAGGUCCAGGUUUGGAAGAUAUGACUUGGUUUUAACAAGUUUGAUUUUAUUUUUUAUCGUGAUUUAUUCAUAUUGCGCCUCGAUUUAAAAAAAAGACACUAUUUUUUAAAGAGAUGUUGAAGGUACUGUUCAUAUUCUUCAGGUGUUGUUUUAAGAGUUACUGUGUUUCGCAAAUGAAAAGCACCUAAUAAGCAGUAUCCAGAGACCCAGUGGCAGGGUAUACCUGGGCAGCGUCCCAAAUGGCACCCUAUUCCCAAGACUUCUAUCCUCCGUUCCAAUGCUGCUAUCAAUGGACCAUCAAUAACUAUGAAAAAUGUCUGCCAAGGAGUCAAGUCAUUUCAGUUUUCCCCCUCUAGAUUUUGCUCUUCUGUUUUUAGCCAUAGAGGAAAUUAUGCCCCUUAGACUAACCAUUGACCAUUUAUAUUAUAUAGUGGUGGAAUGGGUCUCUCAUAUGCAAAUUCUGCCUGUAUUUGUCUUCAUAUGUUCCGCAAUAUACAAUAGGAACCAACCUUGCUGCAACAUUCUGUGAUGUGUUGGUAUCCCUUUCUAUGGGUCAUGUUCUAAGGAGCCAUGUGCUGUUAUUAACGCUUAAGGCAAGUGCUAUAAUGUCAAUGCUGUCUGUGUGAUUUGGUGUUAAUAUUUUGUCCAGCUGAACAGGCGCACAUCCUAGAUGAUACUGUGAAAUGUUGCACUGUAGGUAUGUUUCUGCUUGCUGAAUAUCAGUGGUUCGCAUAUGAAUAGCUCUCGGAAAACUUGAAACAUCUCUGUAGUCAUUGAACCGGGGCGGUUGCAUAAGCCUGUCAGUGCAGUGCAGCAUGUAUAGACCCACUGCUAUGUUACUGGUGUAGAGAUUGAUAUCUCACCUAGCCUAUAUUAUUUUUGUCAAAAAUGUUUUAUGGUUGAUUUUUAAGUGACAUUUUUUAAUAGAAUUUGUCCGUGUAUGUUUUUGUUUACCCCAUCAAUAAAUAAUUAGUAUGAA